GUCUGGACGCUGUGCUAUUCCUCAGCAGCAGAGAAAGAAAAGAAAACCAGUGCAACUCCAAAGUAAACUUUGAAGCGUUUGGAGAAGGAAUUGAAUCUUAAAACUGUUACUGUGCCCUGUAAGGCCCUUCCGUGGGGGACUUCAAAGGAGGAUGAUGGUCAAGGAAGCUUUGGCAAGAGUGCUUACAGCUGUGGGCUGUCUAGGAUCCGACUGAAUAGCUCUACAGCUCUUCAGGAGAGAGGAGUCCCGAACACUGUGCUGCUUUGAAGAGAUCACACUUCUCAUCCAGCAGGACACAUGGCUCUUUUGAAGAAAAUUAACCAGAUCUUACUGUUACUUCUUGUCUUAACUGUGUGCGCCAUUCUGUACAACAGAGUUCACCAAGUGCCGUCUGCACCGAAGGGUGAAGCAGUGGAUUUGGAGAAUCCUGAGGAAACAGAAGAAGAAAUCCCAGUCGUAAUCUGCGCUGCUGCGGGCAGAAUGGGGGCAGCUGUAGCAGCAAUCAGUAGCAUCUACAGCAACACGGAGGCCAAUGUUGUGUUCUACAUAGUUGGGCUGAAGACUACGAUCCCGCAUAUUCGAAGAUGGAUUGAAAAGUCUAAACUGAAAGAAAUAAAAUUUAAGGUUGUGGAAUUCAACCCUAUGGUGCUAAAAGGAAAAAUCAGACAAGAUGCCUCACGUCCUGAACUACUGCAACCUCUGAACUUCGUUCGAUUUUAUCUUCCUUUGCUUAUCCCGAAACAUGAGAAAGUAAUAUAUUUGGAUGAUGAUAUCAUUGUUCAAG